AUGUCUGAAACUCCUGAAGGAAGAGUUAUCUUGCUACUAUAUGUGGAUGACAUGAUUAUCUCUGGUAUGGGUACAAUUCACAAAAUCAAACAGAAGCUCAAUAACACAUUUGAAAUGAAAGAUUUGGGUUUCUUGCGAUAUUUCCUUGAAUUAAAAAUUGCUUAUUCUCUUCGUGGCUAUCUGUUGUCACAUCUAAAAUAUGCUUAUGAGAUUGUUUCUCAAGCUCGACUAAAGAAUGAUACAAAGAGAGCUCAUGCCCCUCUUGAGUUCAAUGUAAAAUUUCAGGCUACAGAUGGAGAAGCUCUUCCUAACCCAACCUUUUAUAGACAACAGGUUGGGAAAUUGAUAUAUCUGACAAUUUCACGGGAUACCCAUCACCCAGCUUUGUUUUUCUCCUCCUCUACCUCACUUGAGCUCCGGGCUUAUACAGACUCCUAUUUUGUAGGGAAUCUGAGUGAUCACAAAUCUACCACAUGA